AUGGUAUGGCCAUUCGGAUCAAAUGACUCCAACAAGGAAGAGGCCAAGCGGCGCUCCGUCUCGUGGACAAAUACAAUAGCCCGCCUCAGAUCAGAUCCUUUCGAUGCAGCACAGGCAUGGGCGCCCAUGGUACUGUUUCCACUGGCAGGCAUGGCAGCUCUUCAACUGUACGCAAACUAUGUUCGUCGGAUACCAGGGGCAGCAUAUGUGCGCCCCAACUUCUUCCGAAACAGAAGCAUCUAUGGUCGGGUUACCAGCGUCGGUGAUGGAGACAACUUCCAUCUGUUCCACACUCCGGGUGGUCGUUAUUUGGGAUGGGGCUGGCUAAGGAAAAUUCCCGAAGCUCGCAAGGACCUAAAAGACCGGACGAUCCCGAUCCGCAUCGCUGGUGUCGACGCUCCGGAAUGCGCCCACUUCGGGAAGCCAGCACAACCUCAUUCAGCUGAGGCCCUCGCAUGGCUAAGAAAGUACCUUCUCAAACGCAACGUUAGAGCAUACGUCUGGAGGAAGGACCAGUACGACCGAAUUGUUGCGACAGUGUACACGCGACGGUGGCUGUUUCGAAGGGACGUAGGUCUUGAGAUGAUCAAGGCUGGUAUAGCGACGACGUACGAAGCUAAGCAAGGGGCGGAGUUUGGGGGAAGACAGAAAAUGUACGAAGAGGCUGAAGCUAAAGCUAAGCAGAAUCGAAAGGGAAUGUGGUCUGGCAAGGCCAAAGAUUUCGAGAGCCCAAGAGCUUACAAGACAAGGUGGGCUGGAACUGACAAAACCGGCACUUGA